GCUUGCUUGGGCGAACUCCCGCGCCCUGUCUCGUCCGUUCCGCUGGGCUGUGGGCAGAGAUAAGGCGUCAGCCAGGCAGAGGCAGAGCUAGGCCAGGCGGGGCCUGGCGGCGAAGGCCGAGGGGGGGCUUUGUUCUUCCCUCCGGCCGCAGAGGGGACUCCUGGAGGCGCAGCGGGAAAGUCGCUCUGCGCCCAGCGGCUCCCCGGAGGCCAUGGCCCGGCUGCUCAGAAGACUUCGCGGCGUGCAGCAGCUGCUGCUCUUUCAGGCGCCCCGAGAUGUCGGCGGCAGCGGCAGCAACGCCUGGCUGAGCUCCCGCACGGCUCACUCCGACACGGAUAAAGACACGGGCUCUCUGACAAGAUAUGACGAGUCACACGUUACCACUGACUGGCAAAAGAAACUGACUCCUGAACAAUUCCAUGUCACAAGGGAAAAAGGAACUGAAUUGCCUUUUAGUGGGAUGUAUCUGUCUAACACGGAGCCUGGGAUGUACCACUGCGUCUGUUGCGAUGCUCCACUGUUCAGCUCAGAGAAGAAGUAUGAUUCUGGCACCGGAUGGCCUUCCUUUUCAGAAGCACAUGGGACGUGUGGGACCGAUGAAAGCAACACUUCUAUCCUGAGGCGGCCUGAUAACUCACUAGGAUCAACUGGCACAGAAGUCCUUUGCAAACAGUGCGAUGCCCACCUGGGCCACGUGUUCAGUGACGGUCCUGAGCCAUCUGGGCAGAGGUUCUGCAUCAACAGCGUUUCAUUAACAUUUAAGCCAAGCUCAAGCCACUGAGGUGUGCCACUUGACACCCUGCACAUCAACCUUGCUUUCAUGCUCAGCUCUUGUUCACCACAGAGAACCACUUAGGAAAUUUAUCAGGAGCCAGCUGGCCGUAGAUAGUGUGCUUAUUUCAUGUACGUAUCAGUUAGAAAUAAUUAGCCUGUUUGUGGUGGGUGCCAAGCCAUUGAUGUGAGAAGUACUGUGUUUAUUGUGUGAUGGCACAUAAUCCUUUGAUUCAGUUGCCCUGAAACAGGCUGAGUUGCAUUCUUAUUGCCAUGCGCACAGCGCCUUCACGCACACAAGCUGUUCCAUUAAAUCCAGGCCAGGCUGCAGCUCCACACGGAAAAAAGAAUGUGCAUGCUGCAGUUGUCAGCCAAUUAAAGAUUGUUUUUACCUGA